CCACCCAAGAGAGAGAGAGACAGAGACUUCCCCAAGAAUCUCUCUUCUGUUCCUCCUCUCUAUCCAAUAGCCUCAAAAGCUCGAACCUUGCGCAAUCCUUUUUAAGUCUUCCCGGCCAUUUCUUGAUUCUGGGCAGAGAUUGCGCGCGGGAAAGAUACGAUCUUUUCUUGAUUUCUUUCCCCUGCAUUGGGAAAAAUAAGAUACGGGCUGCUGUUCUUGGGCGUCCUUGGGAGCGAGAGCUUGCGAGUCGGGACAUUCUUGGAUUGGGUGUGGUUCCCAGGUGGAGAAGGCAUGAGGCUAUGGUUGCUCAUACCCCUUGCUCUAUGUCUACCUACAUUGAUUCGAUCGGAGGAUUACUCGGAUGUAACCAUUGUCGUUCGGGGCUCCGAGACAAUCGCUUCAACCAGCGAUGAAUUUAUUUGCGCCACCAUUGAUUGGUGGCCUCCGGAAAAGUGCAACUAUGACCAGUGUCCAUGGGGGCAAGCUUCGAUCUUAAAUUUGGACUUGACUAAUCCUUUGCUAGCUAAAGCCAUCCAAGCCUUUAGCCCUCUACGUAUCAGGUUAGGAGGUUCCUUACAAGAUCAGGUGCUGUAUGGCACGCCGAAUUUAGGAUCUCCAUGCACCCCAUUUUCAAAGGUUUCAAGUGGCCUGUUUGGGUUUUCUCAAGGAUGCAUAACCAUGGAAAGAUGGGAUGCUAUUAAUAAUCUCUUUGUGAAUACAGGUGCAGUUAUUACAUUUGGCCUUAAUGCACUUCAAGGGCGACAGCAGAUGGGCAAAGGUGUAUGGGGAGGUGCUUGGAAUUCCAGCAAUGCUCUAGAGUUAAUGGAAUACACUGUUUCGAUGAACUAUCCUAUUGACUCAUGGGAAUUUGGUAAUGAGUUGAGUGGAAAUGGAAUUGGUGCCAGUGUUGGAGCUGAACAAUAUGGAAAAGAUAUAAUCGAGCUCAAGAACAUCAUCAACCAGUUAUAUGGAAAUUCUAGGAAACCAUUGGUGGUUGCCCCAGGAGGAUUCUAUGAUCAGAAAUGGUAUGCUCGGCUUCUUGAUAUCUCUGGUCCAAAUGUUCUCGACGCAAUGACUCAUCAUAUUUACAAUCUUGGUGCUGGUAACGAUCCACAAGUUGCAAACAGAAUCUUGAAUCCACAGUACUUGGGCCAAACUUCAGAUACAUUCAGAGAUCUCCAAAUGACGAUACAACGACAUGGACCAUGGUCUGCUCCCUGGGUUGGAGAGGCUGGUGGUGCAUAUAACAGCGGCAGCCGUACCGUGUCUAAUACUUUCCUGAACAGCUUCUGGUAUCUUGAUCAACUUGGUCAGUCAGCAAAGUAUGACACAAAGGUUUACUGCAGACAGACUUUGAUUGGAGGCAACUAUGGCCUUCUUGACACGCAGACUUUUGUGCCAAACCCUGAUUACUACAGUGCCUUGCUGUGGCAUCGGCUCAUGGGGAAUGGAGUUAUUUCCUUGGACACCAGCGGUUCUUCAUACUUGCGUGCCUAUGCGCAUUGCGGAAAGCAAAAGGGCGGCGUGGCGCUCCUCAUGCUCAACCUGAACAAGAACAUGGGGUUCAUGGUUUCGGUCAGGAACGACCUCAACAUCAAUGCCAGGGAGAUGGCAGGGAUAAGGAGGGAGAGCUCCUUCGUCCAUGGCCUGAAGAGGACGGUCUCUUGGGUUGGGAGCAAAGCUUCUGAUGGGCUGGAGAAGAGGGAGGAGUACCACCUGACGCCACAGGGUGGUAACCCUUAUGCCAGGACAGUGCUUCUGAAUGGAGGCCCCCUUCAGCUCACUGAAAAUGGUGACAUCCCUUCACUGCCUCCAGUGCUGGUUUCAGUCAAUUCCCCAAUUUAUGUUGCUCCAUUGUCGAUCACAUUCGUCGUCUUCCCGGAUUUCGAGGCAGAAGGUUGCGAACGAUGAUCAUCGACUUUAGAUAGAAUGUCAAUGAGUUCUUAUUUCUGCUGUGAUAAUGUAGCUGUUCUCAAGGUUACAUCUGCUGUAAGGAUUUGUAUCAAGUGUUUCUUGGCCUUUGCCCCAAUUGGGCAUAUAUAUAUAUAAAGAAUAACUUGAUUCCAGUGUUUA